AUGACUUCCAAUCCUCCGUCUGCCAUAUCUACCAAAGGUCCAUCCACUUCCAGCCCCAUAUCAACCCCCCAGUCGCAAUCCAGCUCGGUUUCGGCGGGGGACACCGCCGGACAACGACGAGCGGGUGGAUCGGGUAGCUUUGGAGCGGGUUCGUCGUCGCGGUCGUCGACGGCCCCGCGGAACAGUCAGGGACUUCGGAAGCAGCACAAAGGAUCCAAACGGGUCAAUGCUCCGAUCGAUGAGGAUACAAUGGCUGAAUCGGCUGCUAUCCGUUCGGCGACUGGCCGGAAGGGACAGACGUCCAUUACACAUCUCAUGACAUUUGCCAUGCCGCCUCGAGCGGACUACGAAUCCAAUAGACAUCUUGGUCGACCAAGGAACUAUCGAGCCAAUCCGACUUGGGGCCCAGGAUCGGGCUAUCAUGCUGUAGACAAAGCAAGAUAUGUUCAUUCCAACUAUCGCUUCGUCGUCGAUCCUCGCGGCGACUACAGACAGCAAAACCUCGACGCAGACGUCUACCUGGACUGGUCCCAAGUCCUCCAAAUCAUCGUCUCCUCCGAAUCGCAGACGUCGUUCUGCCCGAUUUGUCUCGAUACACCUGUUGCACCUCGGAUCGCCCAAUGUGGCCACAUCUUUUGCUUGCCUUGCAUUAUUCGAUACAUGCAUUCCGAGGAGGAGUCCCGUCCCCUUCCCGGGAAGAAACCGCGAUCCCGCCAAUGCCCGCUGUGCCACGAUUCGAUUUACAUGUCGGACACGCGGGCGGUUCGGUGGUACACCGGUCAAGAAGGCCCACCACCUCGGGAGGGACAGGACGUAAUGCUCCGCCUGAUGAAGCGUCGGGCUGGCACCGCGUUGGCGCUUCCUCGCGACGGGGCCGAGUCGAUCUCGACGGACGACGAUGUGCCGUGGCAUUUUGCGGCAGAGGUGAUGGAUUACGCGCGGGUGAUGAAGGGCACGGAAGAGUACAUCGUGCAGCAACUGGACUUUGACAUCGAUGCGCUGAAGGUCCAAGAGCAGGAAGACGAGCUGAUGUUCGGCGAGGAAAAUGUGGAAUGGGUUAGGCGUGCUAUUCGCAUGAUUGAGGAUACUAAGGAGAAGAUGAAGGGCAUUGGAAAUGCUCCGAAUGUGCCGAGCAAACCGAAAAAACCACGGCCAAAGCAGGUUCCGAUCCAAUACGAGAGCUCAAGCGAAGCACCCGAGAUGUACAACAUCCAGCAUGAUACAUCAUCCGGUCAAAGCCUAUCGGAGGGACUUCUUACUUCACAAUCUCAGUCCACAUCAAUUACCGAAACCACUUCAACUUCAGAUUCGUUGUUCGACCCUGCUGGAGUCGACGUCAAAGCGACCGCUGAGACGAAAUCCGGACCGAGAAACAAGCACCAAUCGCAUUUCAGGUCAAGACAAGACUACCGUUCCCAACCGGUAGAAUACUACUUCUACCAGUCUCUUCUCCACUACUACCUCACCCCUCUCGAUAUCCGCAUCCUCCGCGAAGCCUUCGGCCCCUACGCCUCCUUCCCCGCCACUAUCCUCCCCCGCGUUGAGCGUGUCUCCACCGGCCACGUCAUCGACGACGACCUCCGCCGCCGUUUCAAAUACCUCGCCCACCUCCCCCACGGCUGCGAAGUCGCUUUCCUCGAAUGCGACUGGACCGACCUCGUCCCCCCCGCCGUCCUCGCCAAAUUCCACCCCGACAUCACCGCUCGCCGCCGCCGCAACCUCGACAAGGACGCCCGUGAGGAGAAGGCCCGCAUCCGCGCGGAGAAGGAGGAGGACGAGAACCGCUUCCCCGGCGCCCGGAGGAAACGCCUCAGUGCCUCCUUGUCAUCUGAGGACUUCCAACCACUCCCCCCCUCCAUCGACCCCGAAUCCUCCUCCGCCGUUGAUAUCGCCGGCGCCGACCGCACCCCACAACGCGGCUGGAGCGCCUCCCCACCAUACCCCGGCCGCCGCACGCAGGGCUCCGCGUUCGCCGAGCUCGCCUCCCCGUCCACCAGCCCGAACGCCUCACGCACCGUGUGGGGCACGCCGGCGGUCCGGGGCACGUCGCCGUCACUCGAGCCAUGGCGGGGGAGCGAGCAGGAUGGGUUGGGCGAUGAUGGGUGGUUGCAGGGGUGGGAGACGGAUUUGUUGGGGGAUGAGGGGUUGGUGGGGGAGGUGGCGGCGUUGGGGGUGAGUGAGGAGGCGGAGGGGAGUGGGAGUGGGAGUGGAGGCGCGAGUGCGGGCGCAAGUGCGCCGACGCGGAGUACGGGUGGGGGGAAGAAGAAGAAGGCGAAGAAGAUUACAUUGAUGAGUACGAGUGUGAGGAGGGGGGCGUGA